GGUGUCCGCGACGUUUGCGGGUUGUGGCUGCGGGUGUCGGGCCCCGAGGAGCAGCGGCUGCUAGAGCUCCUCUCCUACGGGCUGGUGGCGCUGGGCGCCGGCUCCGCGGUGCUGCUCCGCUUCAUACGCAUGCCCUAUGGGCGUUACUCCUCGCGGCGCUUCGGCUGGCUGCUGCCCGCCCGUCCCGCAUGGGCGCUGCAGGAACUGCCUUCACUCCUCGUCCCGAUCUGGCUCGCUGCCUGCGGCGGGGCGGUCUCCGCCGCCUGGCCCAAUCGCAUCCUGCUGGGCUGUUUCAUCGUGCACUAUGUGCAGAGGUUUUAUGGGGUGGUUGAUUGGCAUGGCAAUCAAUAUUCAUUCUGAUCAUAUUCUCAGAAAUUUGAGAAAACCAGGAGAAACUGGCUACAAGAUACCAAGAGGAGGAAUGUUUGAGUAUGUCAGUGGAGCCAACUUUUUUGGAGAGAUCCUGGAAUGGUUUGGGUUUGCCCUUGCCUGCUGCACUAUUGAAAGCCUUGCAUUUGCGUUGUGCACACUUUUCAUCUUGGGUUCAAGGGCAAAACAACACCACCAAUGGUACCUUGAGAAAUUUGAAGACUACCCGAAGAACAGAAAAAUUGUGAUUCCAUUUGUGUACUGAGCUGUCCUUUUAACAUUGGUUUGUGAAAUGGAUGCUUUCUGUAACAGCUAAUACUUUACGGGUGGUACUCUGAUCAUCACUGUGACAAAGGCCUUGCAUCAGUACUAGUGAAUUACUGCUUUUCCUUUUCAUGAAAACCUGGAAUCUGAUGGAUGUGGUUAAUAGGAAUGGAAACUCUUUUUCAACAGUGGAGCACCAUCAUAAAUACAUUAGGCAAUGUGUCACAUUAUGGAAAAUACUGUAUGGGACUUCUAGUGCUUCCUUUUCUUUCUAUGCAGGCUUCUGCUGUUUCCACUCAAUAUAGCUACUGUUCUGAGGAUUAUGCUGUUAGUCCAGUCACCCUCACUGCAGUCUGGAUGGUGUGUUACUUGCCAGCCUACACAAAUGGGGUCAGUUUUCUCCCUAUGCUUUCCUAAUCCUUUCUUCCACCAACCUGCGUUUCCAGGAGAACUGAUGAUGCAGACCAAGGACAUUAGAUGAAUAUAGUUGCUGUUAGGUGAAAGACAGUGCUCUUCCUCCUCUGCAUAGGUAAGACUUAACACCAUUUACAUAAACAGUUUUGUGCUACCUUUCUCAAAUAAUAGAUUGUCACCUACCUCGGAAUUUGAUAAGUAUCUCAAUAUUAAUCUGUUUUCUCACUCCAGACUGUUUUUUGGAAGACAUUAUGUAUUGUGGGAUACUUAGGCCAGUACAGGACUGUGAACAAUUGUGUAAUGUUUUCUGAGUUACUUUAUAAAAAAACCUUGGAUUUUUACAAGAACUCCUUACUAUUCUGUUUUAAAAAUUCAAGUGUCUUCCUACUCCUGUGGUAACACCAGAUGAUUUUAUAAUCAAAAAAUCUGGAGUUUUCUAGUGCUGCUCAUUUUAUUAAUGUCAGUUCUCAUACACCUACAUUUUUCUCCUGAAGGACUCCAGAAGGGUUUCAGAAAUGUGACUGAAUCCCAGGUAUACUGACUUUCAAGUUUAAGGCAUAUCUGCAUCCUUUGCAUGCUUGUGAUGCUAAAGAAUUUUUCAGAAGUGCUGAAAAAGAAAAUUCUAAGAAAUUCUACAGAAAACUUAAACCUAAAACCACAAACCAAAACCAGCCAAACAAAACCACCACAAAGUCAACAAACCCAAACCAACAAACAAAUAAUAAUUAAAAAACCCAAAACCAACCAAAACCACCAAACCAAAAAGCCAACAAACAGAACAGCUUCCCACAAAAAACAAAACCUGCUGCUGAUACGCUUUAGAAAUCAAAGGAAAUCAAAUUUCCCGAUCUUCUGAUCUCUUUACACUUGAUAUUUGGGUUAUGUUCUUCUAAAGAAAUCAGUAAUACAAGUUUGCCAGAUGUUGAGUUUUCCAGUUUGGCAUUGCAGUAAGCUUUAUCUCAAAAUUCUGUGUUUGCUGUUGAGUUACACUGCUGUAGUAACCAGAGUAAUGCAUAUGAUGAGCUUUACCUUUAAAUUAAAAUUUAAAAUUAAAUGCAAGUUUAGAAAAAGUACAUUCAGGAAAUGAGCAGUGAAAAAGGACUUUGUGACCCAAGCUUCUGCCAUGUUUAUUGCAGUACUUGCUGCAGUAAAGUUCUGGCUAUCUUUAAGGAUAUAUUCAGUUGUGCAGCAAAAAGUUCUAUUGUUAUAGGCUGAAAUAGUCAAAGGAAGGAUGGGAGGAAAACUGGCAAUCCUGCAGCGAUAACUUAUCUAGAGUUAAACCCUUGGACUGCCAGUUGUUCCUCACAGCAUUGACAAGGAUGACCGAUCCUGCUCUCCGCUAAUACCCAAAAUGUCCAGUUCCAAGAGCAUUUAAUAGUAUCUGUUCCUUUAAUACUAGUGUCAUUACUCAAUUUUCAGAUUGUUUAAUAAUUUAUUUAGUGUUUAUAUCUUUCCUUAGUGUUUUACAGGAAGUUUGAGGCUUCCCUUUUUUUUUGUUAUUACACUAUGAUUUGAUAUUUGAUCCUAGCUGUUCUGAUGAGCAUGAAGUACCCUAGGGAGAGGACAGUGAGGAAGAUGACUUAUUCUUCAGUAUGUUAAAAGUACUAAAGUGGUGUUACUGGACAAAAGAAGUUCAGUAGGAUCACUUAAAGCAUAUUCUGAAGAGAAUUUUAGAAACCUAGUCUUAGAUGUUAAGAUAUUUCUAAACCAUAUAGCAUCCCUGUGGCAGUUUUUCUAACGCCUGGUAUCUAAAUCAUUCCGCUAUCAAAAUCUGGUUUAGGGGAAGAAUAUAGGAUUCAAAGAGCACUGUCUACUCUUGCAUAGUUUAAAUACUUGCAUAGUUUAUGGUAAACUAAUAUAUCUUUAGGGGUAUUUGUUAUUAAAAAAAAACACACCUCACUAAUAGGACAAGCAACCAGUAAAAACAAAGUCUGGCUGCAGCACUUUACUCUCUAAUCUACCACCUCUUUUUAUUUUUAUUUUUUGGCCUUUAUGAAAAGGCAGACAUUAUUUUAAUAGUAAACAGUGAGAAACUGCUUAGUGUUAAGUAUGUAUCCUCAUAUUUAAGAGCUGUGGCUCUCUGUAAUUGGUAGUCUUUAUCAUAGUUUACAGAAAAUUUGUAUUGAUGCCUCAGUUUUGCUGUGGUGCUGUGCUGCUACUUAUCUUGACUAAAAAUUCAUCUUAUUUGCUUACAUAAUGUUAAUUUAUGGUUAACCUAUAGUAGGAUAGGGAUAUGAUGCUUGACAGCUGAUCUGUGUCCUUUCUCUUUUCAUGAACAAGAAAAGCUAAGGUCUAUGGGAUGUUAAUAUCAGUGUGUUUAGAAAUUUGAGUUAAUUGGAUAUUUAAAAAAAUAAAGACAGUUUUGUGCUUU